GAAGUUGUGUUUUACCAAAUGGAACUUCACUUCUCUCCAUAGCUCUUCAUACAGGUAUAUCCAAUGGAGAAGGAAAACCAAACCAGCAUCUCUGAGUUUCUCCUCCUGGGCUUCUCAAGUUGGCCAGGGCAUCAAGGGCUUCUCUUUGCACUCUUCCUAUGUCUCUAUUUAACAGGACUAUUUGGAAACCUCCUCAUCUUACUAGCCAUUGGUUCAAACAGAAACCUCCAUACACCUAUGUAUUUCUUCCUUGCCAAUUUGUCCUUGGUAGACCUCUGCCUUCCUUCAGCUACAGUUCCCAAGAUGCUAUUGAACAUCCAAACCAAGUCUCGGUCCAUCUCCUAUCCUGGAUGCCUGGCUCAGAUGUAUUUCUGUAUGAUGUUUGCUAACAUGGACAACUUCCUUCUCACUGUGAUGGCAUACGACCGCUUUGUGGCCAUCUGCCAUCCUUUGCACUACACUACCAUUAUGACCCCAUGCCUCUGCACAUCUCUGGUGGCUUUGUCUUGGGUCAUUGCCACUUUUAAUCCUCUCUUGCAUACCCUCAUGAUGGCCCGACUUCAUUUCUGCUCUGAAAAUAUUAUCCACCAUUUCUUCUGUGACAUCAACUCUCUCCUCCCUCUCUCCUGUUCUGACACCAGUCUCAAUCAGUUGAUGGUUAUGUCUGUGGUAGGCCUGAUCUUUGUGGUACCAUCAGUGUGUAUCUUAGCUUCUUAUGGUCGUAUUGUCUCUGCUGUGAUGAAAAUUACUUCUUUGGAAGGAAAGCUCAAAGCAUUCUCAACCUGUGGAUCCCACCUGGCUUUGGUUAUUCUUUUUUAUGGCGCCAUUGCAGGAAUCUAUAUGAGCCCUUCAUCCAACCAUUCCACUGAAAAAGAUUCAGCUGCAUCAGUAAUUUUUAUGGUUGUAGCUCCUGUAUUGAAUCCUUUCCUUUACAGCUUAAGGAACAAUGAACUGAAAGGGUCUUUAAAAAAGACUCUUGGCCAGAGCAAAAUAUGUUCCAAGUGAUUUACACUUCUCUGAAAGGAGUUCAACAGUCAGGA